CUUAAAGAACUUCCUUGCCUGGAAAUAUGCGAUGUGUUGAUAUAUUUGCUGCGAUGUUCUGCCUGGUCAGAUAACAGAUUAAAGAAUUACAGACAAGACAACGGCUAUAAACUGUACAAAGAUGGACACAUUAGUAAUGUGCAGAUGUACAACAUUCCAAACUCAGAUUAUAAUUACGUUUCGGCCACAUGUGUUAAGGAAACAACUUUAAGCGAGAAACCGUAUAUUACAUGGAUAUUGCAGAAAAAGGAUGGCCAAGUAAUUUCUGCUGGAUGUGCAUGUGUUGCGGAUGAUGGAACGUGUAAACACUGCACAGCUUUACUGUUUUCCUUGGCUGAUUUUUGCACUCGCCAUAUGGACAGGAACACACAAGUAGGAACAGAUCGCCCAUGCAUAUGGGACAUACCUAGAAAAGUGUCAGUUCCCACAAAAAUUGAUGACCUUGAUGUUAGAUACAAUAAAACUAAUCCGUGCAUUGCACCUACUUCUGCAGCUUUCCACUCUUCUAAAGUUCAUGAACAAUCCUUGCGAGAUGUAGAAUGUCAUUUGUACAGAUUGUGUAAAGGAUCGGAUUCUUUACUGCUUCAUGUUCUCGAACCUCCCUCAGAUGACAGUGAUGAAGAAAUAAAGGAUGAGCAGCCACCAAAUAUGACAAACUAUAUGAGUGAAUUUAUAAGAGAGAAGGUUAAUACAGAUUUUCCUACCAUUUUGAAAAGCAAAUGUGAUAUAAAUUUAAUUAGUAAAAUUGAAAUAUUAACAAAAGGUCAAGGAAAUUGUACUGAGUGGUUCAAAUAUCAUGAAGGCAGAAUCACUGCCUCUCUUGCAUUUUCUGUGUGUCACUUUAGAGAUUCAAACAAAGAAGAUAAUUAUAUUGUAAAAAAAAUCAUGAACUCCAGCUCUGUGCCCCUUUCAACUCCUGCAAUUAAAUAUGGAAAAGAGCAUGAAGCAAUCGCUCGACUUUUAAACCAGGAAAAUUAUAAAAAAGAGCACAUAAAAGCCCAUAUUGUUGAAAGUGGAUUACAUGUGUCCAAGCAAUAUCCAUACAUGGGUGCCUCGCCAGAUGGACUUGUGCAAUGCAAAUGUUGCGGGAAUGGACUUCUAGAGAUUAAGUGCACAUAUACACACAAAGACUUAUCUCCAGAUGAAGUUGCUACAAGGGACAAAAAUUAUUUUGUUUAUAUGGACGACAACAACAAUGUUAAGUUGAAAACAAACACAUCUUGGUAUUACCAAAUUCAGACCCAGCUUGGUGUGUGUGACAGAAAAUAA